AUGAAUUCAACAACAUUUCCUAAUUUGGAUAACAACGAACAAAUUCGUUUGUUAUUAAAUUUACGUGAAGACAUCCGAGUUCUACUCUCAACGCAUUCCAAAGGCAUUUGGUUUCAGAUGUUACCGAAAGUUUUUUAUAUGCAUUUCAAUCGUGACAUGCCCCUGGAUUCAUUUGGUAUUUCUAAUCCAUUGUUCUUCAUUGAUUACAUCUCAGAUAUGAUUAAAUAUGAAUUACCAAACAAUAUCAAUGAAGAUGAUUUUAUUAUUGAAUUAGAUCUUCAACGAAGACAAAUAUCCGAUGCGAAAGCCCCGCGAGAUAUUUUAUUGAAAUCAUUAGCAAGUGCCAAUCGGGAAAAGCGAGGGGCAAUUUUACGAGAAAUUUGUAUCAUCGAUGAAAACUGCAAACAUCAGAAGGAAACUAUCCAUCCAACUCAUGAGCAAAUUGCCAAACGUUUCCAGAAAAUUCGUUCAAUGAUUGAUAUUUGUCUUCGUUAUCUACCCUAUUCAUCUCCUGAAAUCUCCUCUGAUGAUUUACUUCAACUUUAUCAUCAAUCGAAUGAAUUCAUUGCGAACCUCACACCGAUAAGUCAACAUUUAUCGUCAUUAGACAACUAA